GCCAGGUGACUUGGCAAGGGAGCCCGAAAUUGGGGUCCCGCCGAUAUCGCCUGACGUGUCUUUCCAGCCGGGUCACAAUGGAGCUGCCGAUGAGCCACAACGUUGUCCUCUGAGUCCUGUUCAUCGUUAUGGCGAUAGUCGCACUUCCGCUUAUUUAUACAGUGAGCACGCAAUGCCAUUGGUUAGUUUUCCCUCCGUUCGUCCACGUAAACAUUGUUUGGUUUAAUGCGCCCAAUUUCAAAUUACAUUCAUUCCGCCAAUAGCUGAUCGAUUGACAGGUGAGUGAGGCACGAUUGGUCAAUUUAAAAAAUAUUGACCCGCCCAACUUUCACAUUACAUUCAAUCAGACGAUCGCUGAUAGGUUGUUUGUUUGGUGACUUACGAUUGGUCAUUUAUCCAAAGGCGGAGCCUGACAGGUUGGUUUUGUGAGCUACGAUUGGUCAGUUCUUCCACGGUGUGGUGCAUGGUGCUAUAAAUGCUGCUUCGCGUGCCCGCUCCCCCCCCUUUCUGCUCGAGCGAACAGAAAACUUUUCGAGAGAACGCUUUUUGCAUUGCCUCAGACAAAGACAAAGACAAAGGACCUACAUUCGACGGAAACUGCAGUUUGCCAUUGUGUUGGACUUCAUCUGCUGACAUAGAGAUGCCACGAAAGAAGGGUUUCCGUAUGCGACGCACACCCAAGGCUACCCAAGCUGUUGAUUGUGCAGUUGCAACAAAAGGUAGGGAAGAAGUAUCUUCACUGUCACCAGUGGAGGUACCAACAGGUGGGUUACAAAAGGUGGUCAAAGGGUCAUUUCAUCAAGGCAAUACAAGGUUUAAGUAUGCAGGAACACAGUGUAUGGCGAUUGCCUUUUGUGCCACUGCUUUACACAGUAUUAAAAAUGUCUUGUUGUGGGAUACUGCUGAUCUUGACAUGGCUGUUGUUGAAGGCGAUCAGUUGUAUACCACUCUAAGGGAACGUCACGUAAUUUGUCACCAAUCCCACUUUUUGUGUGCCACAGAAUUGCCUAAACAGGAGGUGAUUGCUGGACACAAAUUUGAGUUUUGUGUGAAGGAUGAUUAUGCUUUAGGUGAUGUCAAUGUAGUUUCUGGCUAUUAUAUUGAAAACGGGAUUCAUGUCACUUUGCAUGAUGCUUUGCACACAAUGUUUGGCAAGUACAGCACAUGCAUUCUUACAGUCUGUCAAAGUAGUUGUGCCAUAAUUUGUGAUGCUGGUCAGUAUUGUCUGGUGGAUUCGCACUCGCGCAGCUGUAAUGGCAUGGUGUGCAGUGAUGGAACCAGUGUUGUUCUGUGUUUUGGUGGUCUUGGUGCCCUUGCUAAUCACAUUAGCAAUUUGGCUGCAGGGUUUGGAGGAGCAGAGAAACUUUUUGAAAUAGCUGGUGUUGUUGUGACUGUUGUGGCUGACAGGAAACGUCACUUGGAGAUGAUGACUGGUGAUGAUGGCAAAAAGUUUAAAAUGGCUGACAUUUCUAGUACAUGUGCAUCUGAUGUUGAGGUCAUCAGUGUUGUUACCACACAGCAUGCCUUUUGUCCAAUGCUUCAAAAUGACUCCAAAGAUGUGUGCCAACUUUUGAAUAUAGAUUGUGAAGUCAAAACUGUGCCUGUCAAUUUGCGUGUUGGACCCUUGGGAGCUCCCUGUAAAAAGGAGAGCAUUGUUGCUGACGGCAACUGUUUUUUCCGUGCCAUAUCACAAGCGGUGAGUGGCACACAGAAAAAUCACAGAAAAAUUAGACUCCAUGUGGUUAAACAUACGGAAAACCACUGUGAAGAUUAUGAGAAGCUUCUCAGGAGUGAGUACAAUUGUUUGACAGAGUAUAUUAGUGUUUCCAAAAUGAAAUAUGUCAAUAGCUGGGCAACUGAGGUGGAAAUUCAGGCUGCAGCGGAUAGUUUAGGAAUAAAUAUCUUUACUUUUUACGGUGGUCAUUGGUUGAGAUAUAGUUCAACGUCAGAAUCCAGUCGUGGGAUUUAUUUGGACAACUCGAGUGGUAAUCACUAUGAGUGUGUGACAUGUGUCAAUGAGGGUCAGUUAGGAAGUUGCUUUGGCAUUUGUCAGAAUGGUACAUCUCAGGUCAGUCAGUAUGGUACCAGGUCACAUCGGCAUCAAGUAAUUAGCGCUGAUAGUGAAGUAGCAGUUGGUUUGAAUGAUGUUGUUGAAACAGGCAAAGAAAAACAUCAGUCCAUGGUUCCACGUGUAAGCCCGUCCAAAUAUCUAAAAAGGAAAAGGGCCCUGGACAACAGAUGUAAAUAUGUCGCUGACAUGAGCAUAAGGGAGACAAAGAAGGUAAUGACUAUGAAGAAUUACAGAGAACAAGCAGUCUUUAGGCAGAGAAAGAAGACGAGGAGUGUUGAAAAGUAUAGAAAUGAUGUCAUUCAUAAAAAUAGAGUUAAAACAUCUAGCAUCUAUAAGUAUAGGAAUGACAGCUUGCAUCGGGACAGGGUCAAGAUGUAUAGUGCGAGUAAGUAUAGAAGUGACAGCUUGCAUCGGGCCAGGGUCAUUAUGCAGGGCGUCAAAAAAUAUAAAAUUGAUACAAGGCACCGGGCCAGUGUCAAACUAGCCAGUAUGAAGAAAUAUCACAGUAAUUUAGAACGCAAAAUGCGUGUCAUUGCAGAUGUGAAGGCACGAAGGCAUGCUGCAAAGUUGCGAGAGGAAGAAUUUGAUGUUGUUGUUGAGAAUUUUUUAGAGAAAGUGAAGAAUGGGCCCCAGUUUGUCUGCUGUGUGUGCCAUAGGUUGAUGUUUAAACAUCAGGUCCUGCAGUGUCACAGAGAGCAUUACAGCAAAAGUGCAAGUGCUUCUCUUGUGAACACGUGCAUUAAUGAGGAUUAUUUGCACAAAUGUAGUGCAGAGUGCACGGUGCCUUGUUUGUUGUUGGAGUCUGGUAGAGGGCAGCUGUGGGUUUGCUACACUUGCCAUUACAAGAUUAGCAAAGGGGAAUUCCCACCUGAAUGUGUGGCAAAUAAUUUGGGGGUGGACCCGAUUCCUCCUGAGCUGGCUUGCUUAAACAGCUUAGAGCAACACUUAAUUGCACUAAAUAUCCCCUUCAUGAAAAUGCUAGCUUUGCCUAAAGGGGGGCAAAAUGGUGUCCAUGGGCCUGUGACUUGUGUUCCGGCCAAUGUUGUAGAAACGACAAAUUUGUUGCCACGGUCCAAUAUGGAAGGCUCUAUGCUCCGUGUCAAACUCAAAAGGAAGCUGACUUACAAAGGACACUACGAGUACCAUUUUGUUGACAGCAUGCACAUUCGUGAAGCCUUGAGGUAUCUGAAAGAGUCUAAUGUGCAUUAUGAAGAUAUAGAGUACAACGAGGAGUGGGUCAAUGACUUUUGUAGGGAACCUGAUGCCUCUCAGGUGGAGGACAGUGUUCCUGCAGUAGAUGUCACACCGCCUCUAGAUGCAGAAGAUGAGCUUCUUCAUGAUAGACAGCAACACUGCAUGUUUCAGGACACAUGUUUAAUGCCAGUUGACAUUGGUCAGGAAGCGCUAGAUCAGUAUUAUGACAAUAUAUUGAAUGUGGCUCCGGCAGAAGGCAAUAAUCCUGUGAGGUUGCUUUCUGACCAUUCGAAUGAAGCUAAAUGUUUCCCAGUGUUGUUUCCACGCGGCCGUUUCACGUUUCAUGACACUCGACAAUAUAGGCUGACGGCGUCGCGAUAUUUCAAUAAUCGUAUCAUGCAUGCUGAUAAGCGGUUUGGGCAGAAUGUGGAAUACAUAUUCUAUGCUCAGUACUUGUGUGAACUUGUGCAGGUGGUGUCGAGCAUUUCCAUUGCUUUACGCAAAGGAAUUGCUGGUUUGGUGGCAAAAAUGGCCAAGGAUUUGUUGACCAACGAUGAGUCGUUAAAGACAUUGUUGGAAUGUGACCAGGGCUAUCGUUUUCUGAAGCCCAUCAGAGGUACUCCAGCCUUUUGGCAGAGUACGCAGCGCGAUAUUUUGGCUUGUGUGCGUCAGCUUGGUGUUCCCACGUGGUUUUGCUCUUUUUCGUCUGCUGAUUUACGGUGGCAAAACUUGGUAGACUGUGUUUUGAGGCAAGAGGGUAGAACGCAAACGGCUGCAGAGUUGGAGUGGGCUGACAGGUGUGAUUUGUUGAGACGGAAUCCUGUGACUGCUGCACGGAUGUUUGAUUUCCGGUGGCAUGUCUUUCUCAGAGAGGUGAUAAUGUCUUCGAGCCAACCGAUUGGCAAAGUUGUAGACUAUUUUUACCGGGUGGAAUUUCAGCAGCGUGGUUCCCCGCAUGUACAUUGUUUGUUCUGGGUCGAGAAUGCCCCACGUAUUGAAGUGAACUCAGAUGAAGAAGUCACAAAGUUUAUUGAUAGAUAUGUUACUUGUGAAUUGCAGCCACAGGAUGAAGGAUUGACAGAGACAGUGUCUUCCGUACAGCAGCAUUCUAAGAGACACUCUAAAACGUGCAAAAAGAAAAACACAGUGUGUCGUUUCGGUUUUCCCAAACCUGUGUCAGGACGAACAUUUAUUAGCCAUCAGUUUGACGGACAGGGACAAAAAACAUGCACUUGUCAGGUUAGCCAAUCAACCGGUGUUAAAACAUGCACAUGUCCAAAAGCAUCCCAAAAUGCCGUAAACAUGAAAGCAGAAGAGGCGUCGGAAAUCAUAAAAUCCAUUAAAACAGCCCUGGCUGACGAGAACCACGCAUAUCAAAGCGUGGAACAUUUGUUCCAUAGUCUCGGUAUAACACAAAAUACUUUUGAGGCCGCACAUCGCCGCUUGGGUCGUCGUACGGAAGUCAUAAUGAAGCGUCAAAUCAAUGAGGUUUGGAUCAAUCCAUACAGCAAACCUCUGCUUAAAUGCUGGAAUGCUAAUAUGGACAUCCAGUAUGUCGUUGAUGCGUAUGCGUGCGUGGUUUAUAUAAUCUCGUAUAUUUCCAAAGCUGAGAGGGAGAUUGGAUUGCUGCUGAGUAAUGCCCAGAAAGAAGCAUCCAAACAGGCAAACGUCAGUGCCAAAGAGGCCUUAAAAAGUCUUGGCAGUGUGUACCUGCACAAUAGAGACGUGUGUGCACAAGAGGCCGUUUACCGGGUGACAAAUAUGCAUCUUAAGGAAUGCUCGCGCAAAGUAGUUUUUGUUCCAACAGGGGACAAUGUGGUCAAAAUGAGUUUGCCUGUGAGUGUUUUGCGUCAAAAAGCUUCAUCGGCCGAAUUAACAACGGAAGACAUGUGGAUGACCAGCAUUGUCGACCGUUAUAAAAACAGACCAAACGACGACACGUUUAAUGACAUGUGCUUGGCACAAUUUGCUUCGGAAUACCGCAUCAUUAGCAAAAACGAAAGGUCGGCAUCCAAAAUAGAACUUAAAAACAACUACGGACAUGUGACAAAACGUACACGGACCAAACCUGCCGUCGUACGCUCUGCGCGCUUUUCAGAAACCAAAAACCCAGAGUUGUAUUAUCGUAGCCUUUUGCAGUUGUAUCUGCCAUACCGGGUGGAUUUGCAGUUAAGACCUGCCAACUGCCCAACAUUUGAAGAAUUUUAUGACAAUGGUGCGGUCCGAUUAAAUGAUGGGUCGAUGCAUUCUGUUCGAUCCAUAGUGGAAACAAAUAAACAACAUUUCGACAGCGGCGGGGAUGAACUGGACAGCAUCCAAAGAUCUAUUGAUCACAGCGGUGUUGCUGAGGAUGCGUGGUGUCUGCUGUGUCCAGAGCAAGAAUUGGAAAGGCUACAAUGCGAAGAAGAACGCCGGAAAAAACAACAGUUGGUCGAAGAAGAGGCAGAAGUAAUACCUGACUUGGCAAAUGAAAAUAGAACCGCUCUAAACUUACAAAAGCAAAAGUCAAUGAGUCGAAAUGAUGGCUUGGCAUUAAUCCGCUCCCUAAAUAAUACUCAAAUGGACAUUUUUUACAAAAUUAGACAGUGGUGCCUUGAUAAAGUAGGUGGGAGAAAACCCGAGCCUUUACACUUAUUCAUCACAGGUGGUGCCGGGACAGGAAAAAGCCACCUAAUUAAAGCCAUCCAAUAUGAGGCUACCAGGUUGUUGUCAACAAUGUGUCGGCAACCGGACAAUAUUUCUGUCUGUCUAGCUGCACCAACAGGGAUUGCUGCUUACAAUUUGAAUGCCACAACAAUACACAGCACAUUGAGCAUCGGCAAGGAUACCCGUUUGCCUUACACACCACUGGGUGAGGAAACGGUGAAUUCCUUGCGUGCCAAGUUCGCGGACCUCCAAAUUUUGAUUAUCGAUGAAAUAUCGAUGGUUGAUCACAAGUUGUUGACGUACAUUCAUGGUAGGCUCCGACAAAUUAAGCAAACCGGUGACUAUGCUGCAUUUGGCAACGUCAGCAUCAUCGCAGUCGGUGAUUUUUACCAGUUACCGCCAGUCAAAGGAAAGCCUCUUUAUGUCGAAGACGCCACUUUCAACUUGUGGACAAAUCUUUUCAGUGUUGUCGAACUGACAACGAUAGUCCGGCAAAAAGAUAAUCAGUUUGCAGCAUUGCUAAAUAGACUCCGCAAACAUCCAAAAGGCGCGGCGUUGUUGGAAACAGACAUAGAACUUUUGAAACAGCGCGAAACGGGUGAGGUCAGCUCCGCGUUACAUGUGUUUCCAACCAAUCAACAAGUAAACGAAUACAAUCUAAAACAGCUUUUCAGGAUCUGUCCGGAGUACACGACGAUAAAAGCUGAGGAUUUCAGCCAAAACAAAAAAUCCGGUAAAUUAGAAAGAAAAGUAGGGCACCACAGCAAAGUUUACAACACGUGUUUAGAGGAAACUCUGCACAUCGCUAAAGAUGCACGUGUAAUGCUUUGCAAACACAUUGAUAUUGAGGACGGCUUAGUUAACAGGGUUAGUGGCACUGUCUCUGAUGUUCUUUUCCAAAAGGAUGACACAUUUCCGAGUAAGAUCUAUAUAAAGUUUGAUGAUGCCAAAGUAGGUCAACAAAGGCGCGCACAAACUGCUGAGUCUGUCACGCUAAAAGACAGUACAUUUAUUCUGCCAGAGGAAGAAAAAGUAACUAAAAGUGGUGGCAUGCGUCGCCAGUUCCCUCUGAAGCUCGCUUGGGCUUGCACGGUACAUAAAGUCCAGGGUGUUACCGUGAGCAAUGUAGUUGUGUCUCUAGACAGGGUGUUUUCCGCAGGGCAGGCGUAUGUUGCAUUGAGUCGGGUCACAGCUUUAGACGGUUUGAUUAUUGAAAAGUUUAAUGCCGAAAAGAUUUACUGUAAUGAUGCCAUUAAGAAUGCUGUAGGUAGGAUGCCAGCAUUUUUGACAGAAAGUGAACCAACACAAACAAAUGUACAACCACCACAUUUCACAAUUUAUUUGAUGAAUGUCCAAAAUUUGACAAAACAUGCGUCAGAUUUGGCAGCAUGUACACAGCACCUGCAGCCUAACUGCAUCGCUGUGACAGAAACGUGGCUGCCAACGGCAUGUACACCCAGCAGUGUAACCAUUCCUGGGUAUCAUUUCCAUAGCCAACCACGAUGUUUGUCUUACUCCAGCAGUAACCCUGCUUUGGUAGAAUUACAAGGGCAACAGCAUGGCGGAGUUGGCAUGUACAUUGCAGACCACCUGCACUGUAGUGUUGUCUCCGCCCCAAACUUCAACUUGGAAGUUUUACUGGUGAACUGCUCCUCACCCAGUGUGUUAAUAGCAGUUGUGUAUCGACCACCCUCCUAUCCAAUGGCGUUGUUUCAAGGUCACCUUGGCACGCUGCUGGAUUGGUUGCACCAGAAGUACGCCAGCAUUGUCAUACUGGGAGAUUUUAAUGAAAAUUUGUUAAAAUCUUCCACUAUCAGCACAUUCAUGGCUAGGAAAGGGUUCUGCCAGUCAGUCAAACAUCCAACCACAGAAAAGGGUACACUAAUUGACCAUGUUUAUGUCAAAACAUCACACUUUGAUGUAGAAUCGGUUGUGAUGCCCACUUAUUUCAGUAACCAUGAAGGGAUUUUGUGCUCUUUUAAACACCAAAUUUAAAAUGCACACACACACUCCACUUCAGCAUCUUAUAGUGUGUAAAAUAGGUUCAGGUUCGACCAGUGGACAAUUUACAAUCCACGAGUUUACUUGCCCACGAGAACGGUGGAUUGUAUUUGUCAAUCACUGAAUAAAAGUGAAACCACUGGCCAAAAUUAAGAUCCCAGUUUCUGUUUAGGAUGGUAACUAUUUUCCUUAUUUGUCAAACCAGAAAAUUAACAUUGUACAUAUUGUAAACAUGUACAUUUUGUGAACAUGUACAUAUUGUAAACAUGUACAUAUUGUUAAUAUGUAAAUAUUGUAACCUCUGCAUAUAUUUUAAAUAGUAUACAUAUUGGAAAUAUGUAUAUAUGUAUAUAUGUAAAUAGUACCUGAUGAAAUGAUCCCAGCGCUGCCUCACUCACCUGUCCUCUUGUCUUGAUAGUUACCGCAUGUCUGCCUUAAAAUUAAAUACUAAAGGGAUUCAAACCUUUUUGAACACAAAGAGUUGAUAUUUUUCUAACCAGAUUGUAUUAGUCAAUCACUGGCGCAAAAUUCAACCACUGCCCAAAAUUAAGAUUCAAAGGGAUUAAAACUAUGGACUUUUCUGAACACAUAGUUGGUAUUUUUCUUACCAGUGGACAAUUUACAAUCCACGAGUUUACUCAACCACAAGAACGGUGGAUUGUGUUUGUCAAUCACUGAUGAAAAAAUACGCUUUUUCAGACACGGUAAUGAAGACAAUGAGGGCAAUGUAAAUAUGUAAAAAUGUAAAUAAUGUAAAUAUGUGAAUACUGUGAAUGGAUAUUGUGACUAACCUCUGCUCUUGUCUUUCUAGUUGCCGCCUGUCUUCAGUUCCACGCACAUCAUCUUUAUAUUAACAUAGUAGCAGUAGAAUAGCAUAGAAGUAAAACUAAUCCCAUAAGUGCAUCAUACCAACUAUUAUAAUAGCAAUGUAGUCGUUUGCAUGCAUGUGAGGUUUCAUCAACAGGACAAGACCCCUCUGACGGUGUGAGUGUCCUCUGACAACUGCUGCAUGUGGGCCGGACGCCGCCUGCUUCUAGACUUUCUGCCGGAGCCCAGGUUCUACACCCAGGGCGCCCCCCUGAGGAUGCCUACCUCGCGCUUGGUCAAGGGGGCCCGCCGGAGGGUGUUUACCACGACUGCCGACCCAACCAUUCCCUCCAUCACUUGGAGGGGUCUUGCUGGCCUGCCGCCCCGGCCGACUCCCUGAGGGGUCCGUCGGCGACCCACCUCCGGUCCCCCACCACCCAUCGCUCUGACUUUGAACUGUUUCGGACGUCUGGGAUCCGUCCUUGAGGGGGUGUACUGUCACGCUCUGUGUGGGUUUGCACGUGACAUGUUGAGUUUGGGUUACCUUCUUGGGCUUUGGUUUCCGUUUUGGACACUUAUUUUGUAUUGGACUUCCUGUUUUGCCUCGUCUGCCUUCGUUGCCAUGGCCACCCACACCUGUCCCUAAUUUGUCCUCUAUUUAGUUCAGGUGUGCGCUUCACCCUUUGUGGGAUCAUUGUUAGUUUGUCCGUCAGCUAGUUGAGUUGUGUUUUCUUCUGCUGCUAUUAUAGCUAAAAUAAAUAUUA